UUUUGAAUGGUCCUUUCUUGAAUAUGGGAACAGCUUGAAGCACCAGCUAUCCUGCAGCUUUGGCAGCAUGAGGCUGUUUUCGGAGUCACUACGUUUUGGCAAAAUGCACUUCACAAUAUGGCAAAGACCAUGUGGUGCGGACAAAAAAAGAGCCAGUUCCACACCCGCUGCGCAGGAGGAGAAUGGCCUUCAAACACUACAACGCCCAAAGUUUGGCUUGUGACUGAUCAUGGUCGUUGGCUCAAGUUGGUCUCCCCCGUAAAGCACAUGGCCAGUGUUGAUGAUGAGGAAGGUUGUGAGACAAGCAGCCUCAUUUGGGUCAACAGCCUGCUGAAAGGAUUAUGGCCAAAUGCCGCCACUGCGCUCGAGAACUUUAUCAAGAAUGAACUGACCAGCAAGCUGCGCGACGGUACUCCUUUCAGCCUCCACUUCGCACGCUUCUCCUUGGGGAACGGAGUGCCGUCCUUUGGCCCCAUUGAGGUCCGCAGACAUUCAGAGAGUCACGUGCUCUUAGAGCUGGAGACACGUUAUUCCAGUGCUGUGGAUAUACUGCUGACCGCAGGGUCCACCGGUUCUCUUUCACUGGGUGUGAAGCGCUUGGAUUUCUUUGGAAAAUUGUGUUUGGAGCUCAAGCCAUUGCUUGACACGUGGCCGAUUGUAGGUGCUGUGAUCAUCUAUUUCGCGGCGCAGCCGAAGCUGGAGCUGCAAUUCUCAGGCAUUGUGGAUGCUCCCAUGCCGGGUUUGGCCAAGAGAGUUCAAGCUGCUGUGGACGGGCUAUUUUCGACCUUGGUCCUUCCAAACUUCAAGUGUAUACAAGUGACCAGUGACGAGCGAAUGCUCAGCCUGGCGGCUUGCACCAGAGAACCCAUCGGAGUGUUAAAGGUGCAUGUUUGCCGAGGCAUCAACUUGGCCGGGGCAAACUGGAAGAUGGGAGCCGUUCGCAGUUUUACCUCGAACCCGUACUGUGUGGUGCGGCUCGGUGGCACUUCGCUUUGCACCAGUACGGUGAGAAACACCACGAACCCAGACUGGCCAGAGACGGAUACGGCGUAUUUCAUUGUGCAUAACAGAGAGCAAGAAGUUCAGGUGGAUGUGAUGGACAAUGACCAAGGCUUCUUCCAACGGAAUUUUGUGGGGCUGCUGGGGCGAUUGCGUGUAAGUGUGAGCCAGCUACUAAGCAUGCGAGAUGCAGCCAAAGAGAAGGUGUGCCGUUAUAAAUUGGAUACGUCUCAAGUCAAGUCGGGCCUGUUGCACGUCGAUGAUCCUGUGAACACCGGAGUGCCAUCCGAGAUCGAUUUAAAGUACAAGUGGCUGGAAUUUGCGCCCGCGAGCGUGAGCGACCGCGCUGACAGGAAUCACCCCUAUGAAACACACGCUGAACCUCACGGCGUGGCUUUGGUCGAGCUCCACUUUGGCACUGGCUUUCCAGAAGAGGCAGCAAUGAAAGGCUUGCGCUGGAAGUGUUGGAUUCAGGAAGCAGGUGCGGCAGCCGCCGCAGCAGUGUAUAGUUCCAGUGGCAAGUCACCUGAACAUCCAGAUUUCCAAACUUCAUUGCCAGACUGCUUACAUCAUGCAAUCGAUCGGUUGAAUGCUCUUAGUGUGGAUGCCGCAGAAAUUGCCGCCAUCAUUGAGGCGGACCAAGCCGAGGUUGAACACUAUUUGAUGGCAAAGUCAAAGCAUGUGGAAAGCGAAGCCCAGCGGAAGCUGGAGCAUGGCGAGGUGCAAUGCAUGGAACUUUCCUGGUAUGAGACCUUGGCCGUUUUAGUCAGUGAGCCAGACACCUCCGUCAUCCACCUCAGCCUUGUGAAUGCACGAGGAGAAGUGAUGGGUCACUUGGAGCCACUCAGGGCCCUAGACGUGAUGUCUGGUACACUGAAAGAGGAACUCACUUGCAAGCUCACACUGGAGCAGAGCCAUGCAAAGCCAUCACUAUCCUCGCAUGUGAGCAACUUCUCGUCUUGGAUUUUUCCAACUUGCACUCCAAUUUCCAAGGGACGCUUUCAAGCUGUACAGAUGCAUUUCGCGGCACGUUACUUGGCACUUGCAGGAGCGCCAGUGACCUUCCAACCGACGUGACGACGUGAAAAAAUCAAUGCCGACCGAGAGCACGUGGCUUGCGUAGAUUGAAUCAUUUGAAUGAAAACG